AUGUUUGUUUACAUUCAAAGUGCGAAACCUGGGCUCACUAUCCCUCGCCUGGGUGGGYGAUGGAUCAGGGGUGCUGCUGGUGCUGACGACAUUUCAUGUGCCGGUGUUCAUGAUGCGUUUAGGCCAGUCCAACCUGUACAGGAGGUGAGCAAAAAGCCUCUCGGAGCAGAUUGYUUUAGAUGUUUUCAGUGUUUUGUGGGUCUGAAUUCAAGCUUCUCCGUGUGCAUCAGUGAAGAYCACGGAAAGACGUUCAAAGACGUGACUCACCUGAUCAACCACACRUUCAUCCAGACGGAGUUCGGUAUCGCCAUUAGCCCAGACCACUCGGGGAAGGUGAUCCUGACAGGCGACGUGUCAGAGAUCGGGGACUUCCGACUGUUUCGCUCGCUGGACUUCGGCCUGACCUUCGAGUCCACUGACCUGCCGUUUGUUCCUCUCAUUCAGCUGCUGUACAACCCUGCAGACUGCAACACUCUCCUGACCCUCAGUAUCUCAUUGAACUUGUGGCUCUCCGAGGACUUUGGCAGCACGUGGAGAAAACUCCAUAAGAGUGUGUGUUUGGUCAGAUGGGGCCCAAAAAACAGCAUAUACUUUACAACCAACAACAACGGAUCUUGCAAUGACAAAGGAUCAUUACAAUUAAAGAGGAGCGAUGACUACGGCGGAAGUUUUAAGACCAUUGCCACCAAAGUUUACUCUUUUGUUCUGGGAGGAAAAUUUGUUUUUGCCUCCGUCAUGACAGGAACGGGCACAGAGCGUGGGAUCCAUGUCUCAGUGGAUGGAGGUGAUCACUGGAACACGGCCCAGCUUCCUUCUGUCACCCACCAGCAGUUUUACUCCAUCCUCUCAGCCAAUCAGGGCAUGAUCUUCAUGCAUGUGGAYGACCCAGGAGACUCUGGUGUUGGAACCAUCUAUGUGUCAGACGACAGAGGAACCGUUUUCUCCAAGUCUCUGGAGCGCCACCUUUACACAACCACAGGGAGCGACACAGACUUCACAGCCGUUGCGUCUUUCAGGGGCGUCUUCAUGACCAGCGUACUCUCUGAGGAAGGUGAGGUGGAGACUGUGAUCACUUUCAACCAAGGAGCAAAGUGGCAGCCGCUGCAAAGGCCAGAGAACAGCCCCUGUAACACAGAGACRUCCACAAACAGACCAAACAGAUGCAGACUUCACAUCCACGCCUCCUACAGCACCACCAUGAAAAUGAACGUCCCAAUGCUGCCUCUCUCACAGCCCAACGCCGUGGGUCUCAUCCUGGCUCAUGGCAGUGUUGGAGAUGCCGCCUCAGCUCUCUUCCCUGACGUCUAUGUGUCUGAUGAUGGUGGUCACACAUGGCUGCUGGCCCUCAGGGGUCCCCAUCACUACGCUAUCCUGGACUCUGGAGGACUGCUGGUUGCUGUGGAGCACAGCAGCUCGCCAGUCAAUCGGAUAAAGUUCUCCACAGAUGAAGGGCAGUGUUGGCACACGUAUAACUUCACCAACGACCCGCUUCACUUCAGCGGCAUGGACAGUGAGCCCGGCUCUCGCUCGAUGAACGUCAGCGUGUGGGGCUACAGGAGCGACUUCAGUAACUGGGUGGUGAUCACCAUAGACUUCAAGAAGCUCCUCACCAGAGAAUGUAAUGAAGAAGACUAUGUAGCGUGGCAGGCUCACUCUGAAGACUCCAGUAGCGACGGCUGUGUUCUAGGCUAUAAAGAGUCUUUCCUCCGCUUGAGGAAAGACUCAGUCUGCUGGAAAGGGAGGGACUUUGAAGUCACCAAGAAGCUGUCCCGCUGUCCGUGUACAGUGGCUGAUUAUCACUGUGACUUUGGGUAUUAUCGUCCAGAGAACAGCUCGGAGUGUGUGGAGCAGGAGGACAUGACGGGCCGGGCUCUAGAGUUCUGUUUAAAUGGGACCACAGAGCUGCUGCAGACCAGCGGCUACCGGAAGGUUCCAGGAAACCAAUGUGAAGGAGGUUUUCAGCCAGAGAGGAAGGAGACCGACUUGAUGAAGCUGUGCACCAGCAACGCCCUUUACCCCAAUUCUCUGCAGACUGAAUACAGCUCACCAAAUACUGCCAUCAUAGUGAUGGUCGUCAUCGCCAUCCUCCUGAUGAGCGCAGUAACAGGCGUUUGGCUGGUUAAGAAAUACGUCUGUGGAGGACGGUUCCUUGUGCACAGAUACUCAGUUAUGAGGGAACAUGUGGAAGCGAACAAAAUAGAAGGAGUGGAUGAUGUCGACACAAACUACAUGGAGACAGAAAAAACACAGUUCAAUGAAGACUCAGAUCAGGACCUUUUAGUAUAAGACGUCUUUCGUGAAGUCUGGGCUUUCCUGUUGUUCCCACAUGGCCUGCUCCCCUCUUCUCGCUCUCUUCCCCUCCAGUGGCUGGAGGACUCUGCAGCAGCGGGUUUACAGUUAUGGCUCAUAUAAAGGGUGGGAAAUGGCACAAAACAAAACAAAAAAAAAGAAAAGAAAAGAAAAGGCCUCUGGGAUCCCUGGAGAGAUUUUGUUAUUUCGUUCACAAAGAGUUUUGUAAGAACCAAUCAGUGUGAAUUUGGGCUCCGGUUAGUUUUCUCACAUGCUGACUUAAAAAGAGGCGGCCUCAAACUGCAGGAGCACCGCUGACGCUAAACCUUGGAUAUUUUAUGGGGCUUUCAGAGUGUUUUAAGGAGCAGCAGUGCAACAUAUGUAGCCUGUUGUCCUUUAAGCCUUUUUAUAUUUUGUAAAUGUAAGCAACACACCAGAUACAUUGCUGGAGGGCCGUUUAACCUUCAUUUGUUCAGCUCCACGAGUCACUAAAACAAACCCAUUUUUAAAUACUACUUAUUUUUUAAGUUUCUUUUUAUAUUUUAUAUCUUGUGUUUUAAACUUUUUAUCAUAAAAUCAAGUAAAUACUGAACAGGAUUUGUUAUAAUUGCUAACUGAGUUAGAAUUAAUUGUUCAUUAAGCUCCAAUCUCCUAAAAUUAAACCAUCAUCUCCUUUUAUACAUUAAGUUAACAAUAGAGUUAAUGAAACCCAUUUAAAUUCUUCAUUAUUAAUUUUUGAGAUAUUCUUACCUACUUUAAAUUGACAAUCAAAUUCAGUAUUGUUUUACCACAUAAAUACAGUGAUGAGACACAAUGUAGCUAAAUAAGCAUUCUGUUAAUGUGAACAUGAACACAAAAAAACAUACAUUUCUAUUUGAAGCUGCAGCUGCAGUUUCUGGGUAAAUUUGGUGAAUUGUGUGCAGUGUUAGGUCUAUAGAUCACGUUUUGUUUUUUAUAAUCCAGCUGCUUCUUAUGAAGUUCAAAGACAGAUGUAGUGAUUGUAAAAAGUAAUUGCACUCAGCUAAAAGAAAAGGCUGUAAUAUCAUAAUUGUGGCAACAGUUUGGCAUAGACAUGCUCAGAUAUUGCAGCUUUUAAACAUGACAGCCAAGAAUAAUAACAGAAGUCACUAAAUCAAUAGUUUAGAUUUUUUGAGCUGGGGUUUUAUGGUUUUAUAGGUAAUUAAUACCUGAUCUGUUGUAGAUAGCUCUUUGAUUGACCUCAGUUUGGCAAAAUAGUUUGAUUCUGAUCAGAUUGAUGAGCUAAUGGCUAAUAUGAGUGAGGGAUGAAGUGAUGUAUUGUCCUAAAAUGGCUCUAAUCUAAAAUUUAUACUUGUGUUUUUUUGUAAAAGCAAAUAGCAGCAACCAGUGUAAAUAACCACAUGAUCCAGAGUUAAUGGUGUAAAUAUUUAUAAAAUGACAUUCACAUGAACUUGAGAUGGCAAGAACCCAUUUUGGUCUUAGUCCAAAUUAGCCGUUAGCUCAUCAAGCCGAUUUUUCUCUAGACUGAGACCAUUCAAAGUGCUGUCUGCAACAAGUAAGAUACUACCUGUUCAUGCCCUUUCCACAGAACCACACUUAAAAAGAUUUGAACAACCACUUAAGUUUUUUUUCUUUUUAUGGCACACUGAGUUUCAGUCUUAAUGAGCAUCUUUGUUAUUAGAUAAAAUGUGACAGAGAGCAGCUUAACUCAGCCGAUCUCUUCUGCUCUUUGAUAUGUGUGUUUGUGUGUGUGUGUGUGGUGAAAAUGACAGACUUGAAUUGUUGCCAAAGCACUUUUACUGUUAGUUUUUUACAGAUUUUGGAGGUGAGGGUUGCCAAAGGGAAACCUUGGCUUAGCAUUAUUGGAGCAUGAAGGUGAUGCGAACACAAACCCUUUACUUGAACUAAAACUUUUGCCUAACAGGUUGCACCGGUACAAUAUGCUCCUCUACUUAUGACAUUGAUUUUUUUAUUAUUUUACUAAUAUGUCCCACAUACCAACAUGUAUCUUUCUAAUGACUUUAAGGCAGAUGAAAACAUAUUCAUCAAAAUACCUUACUUGUAUUUAAGGGCAAUUUGUAGAAAUACCUUAAAUCUCUUAAAAAGUUUCACAUUUUGUAACAAAUGAAUUAGGACCCUUUUAUCAAGUGCUAUUUUUUAAACACACCAACACUAGUUGGCUGCAUUUCAUUUUUUCCCUUUUGUUUUUUAUAUAAAAUGUUGGCUGACUACAUUUCUAAUAUCUGCAGAGAUGAAUGUUUGACAAACACACUGAGCUGUUUGAUGCUCGUGUCCUCCAGCAGAGGCAAUAAUAUCCCAGUUAAUAAGCUAUUGUACUAAACAGGCACAAUAAAUGAGGGUUUUUCUCAGAGACUGUUGGGUGGCCUUGGUCAGAAAUAAAAAGCAAACGUCUGUGCUUGAUACAUCCUAAUUUACUCAACUGUCAGUGAGAGCAAACCCAGCUAUUUUACUGGAUUCAAUGACUUUGGUUUUUGCACUGUAUCUACAGACCUGUGAAAGUGUUGCAUUUGUUGACGUUGUAUAACUACAUCCUGUUAAAAGAAGAUAGGGCCAUGGGUUCUGACUUUUUUUCUUCCCAUCUUGUUUCUCUGAUGUCAGAGAUAAGCGUCUCUAAAUGAAUUUGCUUUGUAGCAGAAGAGAUGUUUUGUAACAAUGUUGGCAUUUACAGAAUGAAAUACAGUAACACCAUCUCUUUUA